AUGGUAAAUGCAAGGUGCUUCUGCUUGACGGUACGACUCCGUAAGGAGGAACUGUGCCGAGAGCUCGUCAAGGAGCACUUCGACUUCCAUGGAAAGCUUGACUCCCUCGUCCUGGACCACGGAACGCAAAACGCGAACGUCUGCCUCCCCACGGUGCCCACGGAACAAUGGCACGAGGUGUUCGACACCAAUAUCCACUCCUUUUUCUACAUCUGCAAGGCCGCAGUCCCGCACCUCCCACCGGGUGGCACCACCAACUUCAACGCCUCAAUAACAUAA